ACAACCCUUGAAUGGAUCGACACUAAUUAUCCAGCCAGUUACGGUUCGCGGCAAAAUGUUGAAAACACUUUUUCUAAUCGGCAUUAUUUUUUUAAAGUCAAUGUGUUUUGGUCGGACGAAUUUGGUAAAUACUAUUUUAAAAACGACACAAUUUUCAGAUGGGUCAAGUGUAGAUUGUUUUGCUUGGUAUUUACCAAAAAUAAAUGAGGUUGCCAAUACCUACGAAUUGGCCUAUUUACAAUGUCUUAAUGAAGCAAAUGCCGAGCGUCAAGCUUUGGACGAUUUUGUGCUUUCGGAUCGUGAACAAUUGGAUAAUGAUGCCGAACAAAUUUGCAAUCUGUAUGGGAAUUGUGGCAGGGAGGGAGAGUUCCUCGAAGACUUCUUUGAUUGUUAUGCAAAUGUUUCUCGGGAAGUUCAAACAACCACUGAUACCAUGGAAAGUCUGUCAUACAAAAAUGUACAGCACCUAAAACUGAACUAUGAAAUUAUAAUGUACAAUCAAAAUAAUUGCACAGAUGCAUGUUCUAACGUCUAUGUUCAAGAAACUACUGGCCUAUAUGCCGAACUGCAGGCCUGCCUCUCUGGUGAGGUUUAUACGACAUCUGAAUUGCCAUCAACUGAGGACUUAACUACUGAAACGACAACGGAAGAAGUAACAAGAACAACCGAAACCUAUGCAAUGGAGACAACAUCGUCCACUGCGACUCCUCCACCACCACCUCCUACACCACCGACAUUACAACCUAACAUCACUCCUCCAAACAACAUUACACCAAUCGAACCAGAAAUAGUUACAACUCCUGCAGCUCCCACACAUCCAACUCCCACAACACCGAAGAGUACUGAAUCCCCAUUUCCAACACCACCAAAUGUUGGAAGCUUUUUGAUUCAAUAAAGAUUGAACAGUA